CGAGGGGCUGCCGCGCGCCGGUGGUGGUUGGCUUUGAGGAAGAGAGGUUCGGGCUCUCCAGACCGCAUCCACGUUUCCAGAUAUUGGAAUAGGUGCCUGGAGAAAUGGAUGCUAGAAGAAAACACUGGAAGGAGUAUAUGUUCACUCCUUUUUUUAGUGCACAGGAUGUUCUAGAAGAGACUUCUCAGCCUGAAUCUUCUUCUGAGCAAACGACUACAGAUAGCAGCAAGGGAAUGGAAGAAAUUUAUAAUUUGUCCAGUAGAAAAUUUCAAGAAGAAAGUAAAUUUAGGAGGACAAAAUAUAUUUUCCAACUAAAUGAAAUAGAACAAGAAUCAAAUUUAAGAGAGAACAAGAUAAACAUUUCACAGAACGAGACAGACACGAAUUCUGCAUCCUAUGAAUCAUCUAAUGUGGAUAUUACAACCGAAGAAAGCUUUAACAGCACGGAAGACAGCUCUACCUGCAGUACAGAUAACUUACCAGCUCUACUAAGACAAGACAUAAGAAAGAAACUUAUGGAAAGAAUGUCUCCAAAACUUUGCCUGAAUAUUUUGAAUGAAGAACUGGAAGAACUUAAUAUGAAAUGCAGAAAAAUAGAAGAGGAAUUUGAAAACGCUGAAAAAGAACUUUUGUACUACAGAAAAGAAAUAUUCACAAAACCUCUAAAUUUUCCAGAAACAGAGACGGAUGCUUCAAAAAGUGACUAUGAAAUUCAGGCUUUAAGAAAUGACCUGUCGGAAAAAGCAACAAAUGUAGAAAACUUAAGUGAACAGCUCCAGCAAGCCAAAGAAGUCAUCCACAAAUUGAACCUAGAGAACAGAGAUUUAAAAGAAGCUGUUAGGAACUUAAAACAUCAAACCGAGUUUGGAAAUGUGCUCCUAAAAGAAGAAAUGAAAUCGUAUUAUGAAUUAGAAAUGGCAAAGAUCCGCGGAGAGCUCAGUGCCGUCAAGAAUGAACUGAGAACUGAGAAGACCCUACAAGCAAGACAUAACAGAGCCUUGGAGUUGCUUAGAAAAUACUAUGCUUCUUCAAGAUACUUACCAUCAUCAAGUAUCUUUGACCACUUUACUGGGGAUUUUUUUUAA